CGAGUAAAGAACAGCAGACGCGGGCUUCAUGAUGGCGGAAGACUCGAAUGAAGGAAACGGGACGAUUCCGUCAGGAGCCGAUUGUUUGAGGAAAAGAAAACAUGAAGACGACCGAGAUGAAUUGGUCUCCCCUUCAAAGAAGCUGGACACGGGAGAGGGUCACAGUCGCAAAGUAGCUUCACACUACAACUCUCUGCAGGAAUGUGGACUAGUGGAGCGCAACAAGAGCAGAAUCGUUCACAUGCGCAACUUCAACAACUGGAUGAAGAGCGUACUGAUCGGCGAGAUCCUGGAUACGGUGAGGAGGGACCGGAGGGAGGUGUCCGUCUUGGAUCUGGGAUGUGGGAAGGGAGGAGAUCUGCUCAAGUGGAGGAAAGGACGCAUCAGCAGGCUGGUGUGUGCAGACAUCGCGGCGGUGUCGGUGGAGCAGUGUCAGCAGCGCUACGAUGACAUGAAGAGGAGGAGUCACCCCAGCGAGCGCAUCUUCAGCGCCGAGUUCAUCACCGCCGACUGCACCAAGGAGCUGCUGAGUGAGAAGCUGAGCGACCCCGAGCAGCAGUUUGACGUCUGUAGCUGUCAGUUUGUCUAUCAUUAUUCCUUCGAGAGCCACAAACAGGCCGAGACCAUGAUGAGGAACGCCUGUGAGAAGCUCCGGCCGGGCGGGUUCUUCAUCGGGACCACUCCGGACUCCUACGAGCUGGUGAGGCGCCUGGAGGAGUCCGACUCGAACAGCUUCGGGAACGAGGUGUACCGCGUGACCUUCCAGAAGAAAAGCGAGUACCCGCUGUUCGGCUGUCAGUACGAUUUCCACCUGGAGGGCGUGGUGGACGUCCCCGAGUUUCUGGUCUACUUCCCUCUCUUUGUAGAAAUGGCGAAGAAGUACAAGAUGCGCCUGGUGUAUAAGAGGACGUUCCAUCAGUUCUUCGAGGAGAAGGUGAAGGACCAGAGGAAUAAGGUUCUGCUGCAGAGGAUGCAGGGAUUGGAGCAAUACCCGGCGGAUGACCGAAGUAGGUUGGCAUCAGACACUACGGGGGAGUACGAUCACGCCGAGAGGAGAACGCAGAGCCCCGGGAUCUCGCUGCCACUGGGAACAAUGUCCAAAUCCGAGUGGGAGGCCACAAGUAUCUACCUGGUGUUUGUGUUUGAGAAGAUGGCCUGAACUGGAAUGACCAGCGACAUCAUGUUUUAUUCUUUUUUUUUAAUUUUAUUUUCUAUUAGUUUCUUUUUGGACGAUUCUGUACGAGUCAAAUAGCUUGUGAGUGUGUGUGUCAGUGUGUGUGUCAGUGUGUGUGUCAGUGUGUGUGUGUGUGUCAGUGUGUGUGUCAGUGUGUGUGUCAGUGUGUGUGUGUGUCAGUGUGUGUGUGUGUGUCAGUGUGUGUGUGUGUGUCAGUGUGUGUGUGUCAGUGUGUGUGUGUCAGUGUGUGUGUGUCAGUGUGUGUGUGUGUGUGUCAGUGUGUGUGUGUGUCUGUGUGUGAGUGUGUGUGUGUCAGUGUGUGUCAGUGUGUGUCAGUGUGUGUGUCAGUGUGUGUGUGUCAGUGUGUGUGUGUGUGUCAGUGUGUGUGUGUGUGUCAGUGUGUGUGUGUGUCAGUGUGUGUGUGUGUGUCAGUGUGUGUGUGUCAGUGUGUGUGUCAGUGUGUGUGUGUGUGUCUGUGUGUGUGAGUGUGUGUCAGUGUGUGUGUGUCAGUGUGUGUGUGUGUGUGUGUCAGUGUGUGUGUGUGUGUGUCAGUGUGUGUGUCAGUGUGUGUGUGUGUGUGUGUGUGUGUGUGUGUGUCAGUGUGUGUGUGUGUCAGUGUGUGUGUGUGUCAGUGUGUGUGUGUCAGUGUGUGUGUGUCAGUGUGUGUCUGUGUGUGUGUCAGUGUGUGUGUGUGUGUCUGUGUGUGUGAGUGUGUGUGUCAGUGUGUGUGUGUCAGUGUGUGUGUGUCAGUGUGUGUGUCAGUGUGUGUGUGUGUGUCAGUGUGUGUGUCAGUGUGUGUGUGUGUGUGUGUGUGUGUGUGUGUCAGUGUGUGUGUGUGUCAGUGUGUGUGUGUGUCAGUGUGUGUGUGUGUCAGUGUGUGUGUGUCAGUGUGUGUGUGUCAGUGUGUGUGUCAGUGUGUGUGUGUGUGUCUGUGUGUGUGUCAGUGUGUGUGUCAGUGUGUGUGUGUGUGUGUGUGUGUGUGUGUCAGUGUGUGUGUGUGUGUGUCAGUGUGUGUGUGUCAGUGUGUGUGUGUGUGUGUGUGUCAGUGUGUGUGUGUGUCAGUGUGAGCGGAGAGAACGAACAGGCUUGAAUUUAUUUCAUGAAUAAGUAUGUGGCACAUGCCAAUAUUCUUUUUCUUUUUUUUUAUCAUGGUAAGAUGUACUAUACAGCCAAAAGUAUGUGGACACCCUCUUUAUUAUUGAUGAUAUAAACAAUAAUAUUAAAUAAACGAACCCUGUUGAAUGUC